ACAGCUUCGCAGUUCGGUUGAAACCUGCAUCGACAUCGCAGCGAUGUCCGUUGUGCUUUUUAUUGUACUCAUUGCUAUCAUCAUUGCGCUGUCUGUGGCGCUCUACCAGAAGACCACAAACGCAUUAUGUAUAUCAAGAAGAAGACUGGAUGGCAAAACAGUAAUAGUGACUGGAGGAACAGCUGGAAUGGGCCUCCACAUAGCUACAGACCUGGCCCAUAGAGGAGCGCGAGUGAUAGUCGCCUGUCCCUUUGAAGAUGAAGGUACCAACGCCAGGAAACAAAUAGUGGAAGAGACUGGCAACGAGAACGUGGUGUACAAAUACCUCGAUUUGGGAUCUUUACAAUCUGUGAGACAAUUUGCUGCAGACAUCUUGAAGACUGAGGACAGACUGGACGUUCUACUCAACAACGCUGGAGUUUUAGUUCCUGGAGACUUCCUGACUUCAGAUGGAAUGAACUUUAUAAUGCAAGUGAACUACUACGGAACAUUUCUACUGACACUACUACUUAUCCCUCUUCUAAAGAAAACUGGGAAGCCUGGUGAAGCGAGCAGAAUCAUAACAACAGCGUCAGUGACACACCGUGUUGCAAAAAUAGACAUCGAACAUUUUAAUAAAACCAAUUAUUGGAAACGAUAUGAGAUUUAUUCUAAUAGUAAGCUAUGUAUCGUCCUUUUUGCCCAUGAACUAUCAAAACGAUUGAAAGGCUCGAAUGUAGUGAUCAAUAAUGUAGAUCCAGGAUUUGUUGGCACCAGAAUAUACGAUUCUGCAAAUAAAACAUUAGGAUCCUUCGUAACAUCAGCAACGAAAAUAUUGUUUAAGACCCCGUGGGAAGGCGCACAAACAGCUUUACAUGUUGCGUUGGACAAGAAGGCUGGAGAAGUGAGUGGAGCAUACUUCAUGAACUGUAGAAGAAUUCAAGCUGCGAAACAUGCGUGUUGUGCUAAAACUGCUAAAGUGCUUUGGGACGAAUCAGUGAGAUUAGUGAAAGUAACAGAAGACGAACUAGAACAAUGUUUUAAGUGAUUUCUUUUAUUCUAGCUUAACGUACUUCUAGUCAUGUAUUAUUUUGUAUAUAAUGUGUUAUAAAAUAUGUCCAGGGUAUGGAUCUUUAUUUACAACAGUGAAUCGAGCAAAAUCAAUUAAUUGUAAUAUACAUAUAGGCAGGACCUACAUUAGAGUCCUCUGUAGAUAAUUAUAGACUAACA